AUGGAGAGCUACUACCUGCCCGCCACCACCUACUGCCCGCCGGCCGAUUCGCGUCUCGUCUCUCCGCUGGACCGGAGAGCAACCAUUAAUACCAUAAUCGAGGAAUCCCCGCAGAUCCCCCACAUCUACCAGGAUUACUUCUCCCAGAACCUUUCUCACCAGUGGGCCCAGUAUACUGGCAGGGCCUCCGUUGCCUCGCCCUCGUACCAGUCGCCUGCCUACAGCGAAGACUUCCCUACUCCGAAGGCCUCGCUCCAGAACCCCCAGCCCGCCCAAGCCCAGACCGAGGAGAACUGGCCGCUCGCCCGCUCGCGCAACGACCCCGACUUCGACGAGCUGUACGACAUGACCGACGACGAUACUGAGGAGGUUCCGCUCAAGUGCUCCAACUCGGUCAAGAAGUCCAGUACCAACAACAGCGCAAGGUCCAGCCGCAACAGCUAUCCUUCGAUUGUCAUUCCGUCACCAUCCCACUGGCCGACUAUCGAAAAGCUCCAGAAAAGUGCAGUUUCGCCCGCCCCUGUCCCAGCUUUGACUCCUGCUCAGAACGUUCUCAACAUGCUAGCCGCCCGCAAACUCAACGACCCCGCAACCAGUGCUGAGCCGUCCCUGGACGGCAGCUUGUCGUCGGAAGAGCUGGAGCACCUGAGCUGUCCCUCGACCCCGGACCAGCAAGCCCAGAAGGAAAGGGAGUGGUCGGGCUCUGUGCAACUCAACCCUGCUGCCAUGGAGACGCUGCACCACAUUUCUCGUGAUGAUGACACUGAGACCCGUGACCAGCUGCUCCAUGUCUCCGAGGAAGAGAUGACCCAAGUCGUCGGAGGUGACCGCCUGACCGCCCCCGUCCAGAGAAUCUUCACCAACGACCUCACAACGACCCCCUCGGACCUCAGAGCUGAUGAGGACGAAUUCUCUGCCCUGACCAUCCCGUCGCCCGGCGGUUUCUUCUCUUCUCUGCAGGGCUCUGCCCGCCACACCUGGAGCCUUCCUCCCCCGCAGAAGCGCGAUGAGACUCCGUCGACAUCCGUCGCUGAGAACUUCUACGGCGUGCCUUGGAGGGAACGCCCGGACAACGUUGUUGAGCACGUUGUCGAAGUUCCCGCCAACUUUGGCGCCGCAGAGCAAACCCCAACUGCUCUCGACGGCUUCCUGUCUCCCGUUGGAGAGAUUAUGGAGAUCCAGCCAAGCGCAACAAAGUUCGAGUACAACGAAAACUAUGCUCAGGAACUCGAGCAGCUUGCCGGCAAGAACCUCAGCCGCACCAGCCUCUGGAUCACUGCUCAGGAGAACUGGCUGGAGGGCAUGCUCAGCCCCAUCAGCCCCGUUGCUCAUGAGAGAAGAAACUCCAUUAUCGACAUCGGCUCCCCGUCGAAGAAGUCUGUCCGCUUUGUUGACCUUGUUGUCCCCAAGACGCCUAAGACGCCUAACGAGACUCUGACCAAGGAUACCACCUUUUUCGAGGCACUUGAGUUUCUCAGGGAGACUACUGGCAAGUUCGAUGCCUUCAUCCACCGUCUUACCCGUGCCGAGGCUGUGCACCUGCAGCGUCGCUGCGCACCAAAAAGGCACAACAACCUGCUCCUCGGUAGGUACGAGCUGUGCGGCUACUCUAAGAUCCCUUCAACACGCCCGGUGUCUCUCUUCUACACGGAUGACCCCAACGAGCACAAGGAGCAGAUCGCCAAGGCCCAGAAGGAGCAGCAGGUUCUUGAGCUCGUGCGACCGGCCUUCUGGGCUCUCGAGGCCUCACGACUGCUCCACGGUGGUCGUCUCAUCACCAGCCCCGCCUACAAGAUUCUCGCCCACUCCCGGGAUGAGGGUGCUACUCGCGUUCUUGACCUGGGCGGCCAGGCAGUCUGCGACUGGGCAUGGCAAGUCGCUCUGGACUUCCCCAUGACUUCCGUCUUCACCGUCUCCACCAAGACCGAGGAACCCGUUAAGCUUGACGGUGAUGAGAAGCGCGACAUCGAGGGCCCGCCGAACCACCGCCACAAGGUUGUGCCCAACUACUGGACGCUGCCCUUUCCCAACGGCCACUUCGACGUCGUUUCCGCCCGCAACCUCUACGCACUCCUCAAGACUACCAAGCCCGUCCCCAGCCCAGGACAGCUCGCUGGCGGUAACUCUACUUCCUGCCUCGACGAGUAUGAUCUUUGCCUGAAGGAGUGCAUGCGUAUUCUCAAGCCAGGUGGCUACCUGGAGUUCUCGCUCCUUGACGCCGAUGUCAUGCGCGCCGCGGCGGGCUCGCACACGCAGAAGGUCUCAGUCGAAUUCUCUUUCAACCUUCGCACCCGCGGCUAUGACGCGCAGCCCACCAAGUCUUUCCUGCCCCGCCUCGCACGCGCCGGCUUCGCCGCCAAGGACGUCAGGCGCGCGUGGACGACCACUCCUUUGCCUCGCACUGGCGCCAAGUGGAGCGAGACGCUGAACGUCGGCGCUGACGAGGCCCUCGCGAAGAGCAAGCACCCGGACGUGCUGAACUCGCCGCGUGGCUCCAUCUCGGCCCACAGCCCGCAUAGCGAGAAGGUCAUCGGCCCGAACGGCGAGGUUGAGCCCUUCUCCCCGACUUCGUUCUUCUUCCCUCGCCGUCAUCAGCACAAGCGCGCGGACUCGCUGAUGGACGCCAUCGUCAACGGUACCACGACCACCAGCGGGCCCACCAUCACCGUGCCCCCCACGCCGCCGCCGAAGGACAUCGACGAGGGCAGCAGCAACCAGCAGCAACAGCAGGGCUCGACCAAGGACGCCCGUGAGGUUGCCGGCCUCAUCGGCGCUCGCGCGUGGGAGAAGUGGCUCGUCAAGCUGCAGGCGGAGAUGGGCAAGGAGGACGAGGGACGUCUCGGCGAGGGUAUCACGCAGGCGCUGGAGGAGGGUGCGAGGGAUGGAUGUGCGUGGAGAGGCUUGGAGGGAUGGGCGAGGAAGGGAUUUUAA